UUAAAAUCAUGCUCCAGGUGACUCAUGUUCGCCUUUGUAUAUUCGUGUGAACAGCAAAAACGUCUCUUUUGUUAAAACUCUUAACAUCAUAACCUCACCAAAUGCUUAACUUGGCUUGGAUUAAAGUCCUUUUGUAUACUUCCUGGUCCAUGUUAUUCCAAACAUAUCUCAUAAAGACAAUUUACAGAACAGCUACAGUGCUAAGAUGUGAUGCAAGAAAGUACUUCCUCUUUAAACAAUGUUCACACUCAGUCACUACUUUGUUGCAGUUUACGUUUCACAGUGAGCAAAUUAUCAGAAGUAAGCUUGCUAAAUAGUGUGCAACCACUUCCCACAGGAAACAUUAGAAAAGCAUCUGGUAUCUUUGAAGAAGCAAAGGGAUGCUGUGAAACACAGACUGAAGAAACUGUCAGCCCGUCAGUCAGAAAUCACAAAAAAGUCUGCAUCGAUAAGAGAGAAUGUAGCGAUGAAAUAUCAGGAGAUCCAGAUGGUUCUGGAGGAGGACCUGCGGCUCACCUUGUCCCACCUGGAGAUGGAGGAGAAGGCUGCCGUCUCUGCCUUGGACGGACUGAUGGAGAAAAACUGUGCUCUGAUCCAGGAAAUAGAGCAGGACCUGGCCAGACUUUCUUUAGUUUUGGAGCACAGUGACACAGAACCUGAUUCUAUGUCGUUUGUUUUACAUGCAGAACUGGAAGACACAGAGACAGCAGAUAGAGUGUUGGAUGUCCUCAACCAAUCAGAUCCCAGCAGUGUGAGCCUUGAUGAAGCUAAAGCUAACCAGAUCCUCAGCCUCACCAACAGCAUGCUGCUCCUUGUCUCCUCGCAGACCCCGUUAAUGAAGAAGCUCCUGAAAAGCUAUUCCAGUGAGGUGCAUCUGGACCCAGAGACGGCCCACCCAAAGUUGGUCAUCUCCCCUAAAUGUGACAGUGUCUCCUACACAGACACCUGGCAGAAACUCCCUGACCAACCAGGACGGUUUGAUACCACCCUCAACGUCAUCAGUCUGCAGGGCUUCAGCUUUGGCCGCCAUUACUGGGAAAUUGAUGUGACUGGGAAGACUUACUGGGAGCUUGGUGUUACCUAUCCAUCCAUUCCUCGCAAAGGCGUAUCUGAGGAGUGCUGGCUGGGUCGGGGCGCCGUGUCCUGGUGUGUGGAGUUCUUCGAUGGAGAAUACACGGCCUGGCAUGGAGGGGUACCUCACCAGCUGCCUUUCAUGAAACGUUUCUGUCGAAUUGGUGUCAUGUGCAGCUUUCCUGCUGGCCUGGUGACGUUUCUAGAGGCGGACAAAAUGGCGCCACUGUUCUCAUUCUGUGCUGGAACCUUCUCUGAGUGUCUCCACCUGGCCCUGUGUCCUGGUCACAACCACAGUGGCACCAAUUCAAGUCCUAUUGUAAUCUGUAAUGCAUCGUCUCCUACAAGUGACCUGUAGCUGCAUAAGAACGCAUACUAAGAACAUGACUUACAAACAUGCAGGGCUGACACAAGACGCAUUUAUAUUGAGGCACACCUUUCACAACAACACAAAUCAUGUCUUUCAAGCUGUUCAAUCUUAAC